AUGAGCAAUACGCUGGAGAAGAAGCUUUCAGCUAGCAAGGUUAUCAACAAGAAGGCGCGUUCUGGAGAUGUAUCUCCUCACGUAUCUCGCGAUGCUUUGAAAGCAGACGCAGCUGCGGCGGCUACGGGAGAGCGAAAGGACGACUCUACCCAGAACGAAACCAAUUCUUCAGAGUUCGACGCCGAGUACGACGUACCCCACCCCACGAAUGAAAAGAUUCGCGACAAGAUCCGCUCCUUGCUCACUGAUGCUCUCUUCAAAAAAGAUGAGGACUUCGUGAAAGACCGCAACGACGCCCAGAUUGUCGCUAACGCCAUUGAAGCCGCUUUGUAUGACAAGAUGGACGGCAACGGCGCCCCAUAUAAGAAUAAAUACCGCAACAUCUCCUUCAACAUAAAAGACCCCAAGAACGCUAAGCUCCGCAUGGCCUUGCUUUAUCGUCACCUUCCACCCUCCGAGUUGCUCAAUAUGUCGAACCACGACCUUGCCAAUGAUGAGCUACGAAAGAAUCGGGAGGAAGUUCGUGCUAAGAUGACCAGAGAUGCGAUGCCGUUUAGCAAGCAAGAGGCAAGUACUGAUAUGUUCAAGUGCGGAAAAUGCAAGCAAAGAAAAUGUACUUAUUACCAGAUGCAGACCCGGUCCGCAGAUGAACCAUUAACGACCUUUGUCUCAUGCGUACAUUGCGGUAAUCGUUGGAGGUUUUGA